AUGGUGGCUAUAGUUUUGAACGUUAGUAUGCGUUGCCAAUGUAAUGGUUGUAUUAAUGAAGUUAUUAAAUCCAUUCAAAGUUUUAAAGGUGUUGAGAAAACUCAAAGAGAUAGUGCAACAAACGAGAUAAUUGUGAUAGGAAAAAGAGUUGAUCCAGUAAAACUAAGAGAAUAUAUUGCGUUAAAAACUAAAAACAAAGUUGAACUUAUUUCCCCUCUUCCUAAGAAACCAGAAAAGGAAAAACCCAAGGAGAAGAAAGUUGUCAAAAAGCAGGCGCCUCAAGUGAUGAGUACUGUUAUUCUAAAGAUUGAUUUACAUUGUGCGGAUUGUAUUAACGAAAUUGAGAAGUUUAUGACGACGUAUGGAGGAAUUGAUAGGGAUUCAUUCCGCGUUGAUAAGGACAACAAUUUAGUAAAAGUGAAACGAACAAUGGAUGUUACAGAACUCACAACUUCUUUGAAACAAACACUCAAAAGAGAUGUUCAUAUUGUUCGGCGAAGGAAGGCAAUGUCGGGGAACAGAAAGAUGGUGAUGAGAUGA